AUGGCUGCGCGUGGCGCCUCGGCGGCGGAGCUGAGCCUGAGUCUGAGCGGCGCUGCGGCCGCGCGGGGUGUGCACGCGCCGCCCGACUCCCAUCUCCUCGCUCUCCCCCGAUCCCCAUCUCCCCCCCUCGUUCCCGUGCUGCCGCCACAUGUUGCUGCCAGGGAGAGGAGCUCCCUGCGUCCGUUUCCUUUGCCGUCUCCACCGGGAGAACCCCCCUCGCCGGAGGCCACUACCGCGACCCUGUCGGACACCAGAGGCUCCCUCCGUUUGGCUCCUUCGCUACGGUCUCUGUCGAACAUCGGCGACCUCGAGCGCCGUGCCUCCCCGCGCCACCACCGGAGGGGACAACUCCGGCGGCCCCAGCGCUCGCGCCAAGCUGAUGUCAAGCCCCGCGCAUCGCCAUCCAGGUCUUCAUGGUGCCCUCGUCUCUGCUCGCGGGAGGAUGAGUACGACCGCUGCUUCGAUCUGCGAUGCGCGAAACCCCUAGGCCUUGCUUCAAUCUGGUUACGUCGAGACCACCGUUGCAACGUUGAUUCCUCUGCCCCGGAGUACCUCAAGUUCGUCUACACAAGACUGCCAAGUACCUCUAUGCACGGAUAUCGCCAAGUACCACGAGGAUACGAGAACAACUAUUGUCGACGGGCAUGUUGCCAAGUUCCACGACACCGCAUAAGUUUCUUCUUGAACAUGUAUGACUACAACGUGAACGAGUACCAUGACGAUCCUCGAAGAGCUCGGAUUCGUCAAGUUUCACUACCGCCGACUAGUACGACUACCGUCGCAAAAACAAGACCGUCCAGACCCGGACCGACAAGUACCCCAACAUCAUGUGUACAACUACCGUCGACCGUGGAUUCAUCAAGUUCAUAUCCGAAACGAACAUGUACCACUACUUCCACUACCGUCGCGAGAAUGCCUACUUCCGCUAUGAACUUGAUCCGUUCUGAUAAUGCACGCUCCGAAAGGUAUAACCGCCGAGACGACCGCCCGUGAACUAA